UAAAUGAAAAAUUUAAAGGGGGACGAAAGGGAGAAACAAACGCACACUUAAAUUGCCAAGAAUCUCCCGUUGAAAUUUGUCCACAUUUGACCGUCCCAAUUUCCAGACCUCGAUUCUACCCACAACGUUCUCGAUUUCACCCGCCUCUUCGCCGAAGGGACACCGCCGCCAACAGAAACUACGCGAUGGUUUACAAACACUCACUAUAAAUAGCCUUCCUGCCUCUUCGAAUACACAUCUUUAUUCUGGGUUUUAUUAAACAAGGCUGAAUAAUACAUUUCAAAGUAGGAGGUUUGUUUUUCUGUAAAGGUUUUCUUUUGCAAUUUUUGCGUUUAAAUAAGAAAGAGAUACAACAUGCAGAUAUUCGUGAAGACUUUGACAGGCAAGACCAUCACUUUGGAGGUCGAAAGCUCUGAUACCAUCGACAAUGUCAAGGCCAAGAUCCAGGACAAGGAGGGGAUUCCCCCAGACCAGCAGCGCCUCAUCUUUGCCGGCAAACAGCUGGAAGACGGUCGUACGCUUGCUGAUUACAACAUCCAGAAGGAGUCCACUCUUCACCUGGUUCUCCGUCUCAGGGGAGGAAUGCAGAUAUUCGUGAAAACCCUUACCGGCAAGACCAUCACUUUGGAAGUGGAGAGCUCCGACACCAUUGACAACGUCAAGGCCAAAAUUCAAGACAAGGAGGGAAUUCCUCCUGAUCAGCAACGCCUUAUCUUCGCCGGCAAGCAGCUGGAAGACGGCAGAACCCUCGCCGACUACAACAUCCAGAAGGAGUCCACUCUUCACCUGGUUCUCCGUCUCAGGGGAGGAAUGCAAAUCUUUGUCAAAACCCUAACGGGCAAGACCAUUACUCUGGAGGUGGAGAGCUCUGACACAAUUGACAACGUCAAGGCCAAGAUUCAAGACAAGGAGGGGAUUCCCCCAGAUCAGCAACGCCUGAUUUUCGCCGGUAAGCAGCUGGAAGAUGGCAGAACCCUUGCGGACUACAAUAUCCAGAAGGAGUCCACCCUUCACCUUGUGCUUCGCCUGCGAGGUGGUAUGCAGAUCUUUGUCAAAACCCUCACUGGCAAAACCAUCACUUUGGAAGUGGAGAGCUCCGACACCAUUGACAAUGUGAAGGCGAAAAUCCAAGAUAAGGAGGGCAUUCCUCCCGAUCAGCAGCGCCUCAUCUUCGCUGGGAAGCAGCUGGAGGAUGGACGAACCUUGGCUGAUUACAACAUACAGAAGGAGUCUACACUUCACCUCGUCUUGCGUCUGCGCGGAGGAAAGAAAUACAUCAUGCAGAUAUUUGUGAAGACAUUGACAGGCAAGACCAUCACUCUGGAGGUCGAAAGCUCUGAUACAAUCGACAAUGUCAAGGCAAAGAUCCAGGAUAAGGAGGGAAUUCCUCCCGAUCAGCAGCGCCUCAUCUUUGCCGGCAAACAGCUGGAAGAUGGGCGUACGCUUGCUGAUUACAACAUCCAGAAGGAGUCCACUCUUCACCUAGUUCUCCGUCUCAGGGGAGGAAUGCAGAUCUUUGUUAAAACCCUAACGGGCAAGACUAUCACUCUCGAGGUAGAGAGCUCCGACACCAUUGACAACGUUAAGGCCAAAAUUCAAGACAAGGAGGGAAUUCCCCCAGAUCAGCAGCGCCUGAUCUUUGCCGGGAAACAGCUGGAGGACGGCAGAACCCUUGCCGACUACAACAUCCAAAAGGAGUCCACCCUUCACCUGGUUCUCCGUCUCAGGGGAGGAAUGCAAAUUUUUGUCAAAACCCUAACGGGCAAGACCAUUACUCUGGAGGUGGAGAGCUCUGAUACCAUUGACAAUGUGAAGGCUAAGAUUCAAGACAAGGAGGGAAUUCCCCCAGAUCAGCAACGCCUGAUCUUCGCCGGUAAGCAGCUCGAAGACGGCAGAACCCUUGCGGACUACAAUAUCCAGAAGGAGUCCACGCUUCACCUUGUGCUUCGCCUGCGUGGUGGAAUGCAGAUCUUUGUGAAAACCCUCACCGGCAAAACCAUCACUUUGGAAGUGGAAAGCUCCGACACCAUUGACAAUGUGAAGGCGAAAAUCCAAGAUAAGGAGGGAAUUCCUCCCGAUCAGCAGCGCCUCAUCUUCGCUGGGAAGCAGUUGGAGGACGGCCGGACUCUGGCUGAUUACAACAUACAGAAGGAGUCUACACUUCACCUUGUUCUGCGCCUGCGCGGAGGUAAGAAAUACAUCAUGCAGAUAUUUGUGAAGACAUUGACAGGCAAGACCAUCACUCUGGAGGUGGAAAGCUCUGAUACCAUCGACAAUGUCAAGUCAAAGAUCCAGGACAAGGAGGGAAUCCCUCCCGAUCAGCAGCGCCUCAUCUUUGCCGGCAAACAGCUCGAGGACGGCAGAAGCCUAGCCGACUAUAACAUCCAGAAGGAGUCCACCCUUCACCUGGUUCUUCGCCUCAGGGGAGGAAUGCAGAUCUUUGUCAAAACCCUAACGGGGAAGACAAUCACUCUGGAGGUGGAGAGUUCCGACACCAUCGACAAUGUCAAGGCCAAAAUUCAAGACAAGGAGGGAAUUCCCCCAGAUCAGCAGCGCCUGAUCUUUGCCGGUAAACAGCUGGAAGACGGCAGAACCCUUGCUGAUUACAACAUCCAGAAGGAGUCCACCCUUCACCUGGUUCUCCGUCUCAGGGAAGGAAUGCAAAUCUUUGUCAAGACAUUGACAGGGAAGACCAUCACUCUGGAGGUGGAAAGCUCUGAUACCAUCGACAAUGUGAAAGCGAAGAUCCAGGACAAGGAGGGAAUCCCUCCUGACCAGCAGCGCCUCAUCUUUGCCGGCAAGCAGCUCGAGGACGGCAGAACCCUUGCCGAUUAUAACAUCCAGAAGGAGUCGACCCUCCACCUGGUUCUCCGUCUCAGGGGGGGAAUGCAGAUUUUUGUCAAAACCCUCACAGGCAAGACUAUCACUCUGGAGGUGGAGAGUUCUGACACCAUUGACAAUGUCAAGGCCAAAAUCCAAGACAAGGAGGGAAUUCCUCCAGAUCAGCAACGCCUGAUCUUCGCUGGCAAGCAGCUGGAAGACGGCAGAACCCUCGCCGACUACAACAUCCAGAAGGAGUCCACCCUUCACCUGGUUCUCCGUUUGAGGGGAGGAAUGCAAAUCUUUGUCAAAACAUUGACAGGCAAGACCAUUACUCUGGAGGUGGAGAGCUCUGAUACCAUUGACAAUGUGAAGGCUAAGAUUCAAGACAAGGAGGGAAUUCCCCCAGAUCAGCAACGCCUGAUCUUCGCCGGUAAACAACUGGAAGAUGGCAGAACCCUUGCGGACUACAAUAUCCAGAAGGAGUCCACUCUUCACCUUGUGCUUCGCCUGCGUGGUGGUAUGCAGAUCUUUGUCAAAACCCUCACCGGCAAAACCAUCACUUUGGAAGUAGAGAGCUCCGACACCAUUGACAAUGUGAAGGCGAAAAUCCAAGAUAAGGAGGGCAUUCCUCCUGAUCAACAGCGACUCAUCUUUGCUGGGAAGCAGCUGGAGGAUGGCCGAACUCUGGCUGAUUACAACAUACAGAAGGAAGCUACACUUCACCUUGUCCUGCGCUUGCGCGGAGGGUUUUAAAUUCUCUGUUUUAUCCGUAGCUCUCAAAUAUGUAUUCGAACUUUUUAUUUAAAUAAAUAAAUUUGUAUCUCUUUUGCCA